ACGCUUUUUUUUCGUGUACAUGAUUCUCUUGCGGUUGUGAUUUGCUGGAAGGAACAGUUUCAAUUCGAAUUCGCACCUACCGAACUCGACCUUACCGGAUCCCUUGAAUGUGGAUUUCGACAAACCGCAGCUUUCUAUCCUACGAAUCACUCUAAUCUUGUACGAAGACGCUUAGCAGAACGCUGGGUUGCAAUAAUCUGGUUCGUGCCUGUACUCCUGUUCCACAUUCCGGAGUACUCCAGGCCCGCGAUCAUACACUGGUUCCUAGGGUGA